GAAGAGAAAUCUUUUCUCCCUCCAUCAUCCAUGGCUGCUCACCUCACUGCUUUCUGGCCCAACAUCACAGCUUCUAAAUUCGCCGAGCAUAAUAUCCAUGGCCGGAGCAAUUCUCUUAUAUCCACCACCUGCUCUGCUCACUCUUCCCCUGUUUCGCCCACUGUUCAGGUUGUUGGUGGAAAUGCUUUAGGGCUGCAUACAAAUGGUAGUGUUAAAGUGAUUAGUACUUCAGGAUACAUCCAAAAAGAAAAUGACUGGGAUGAUUUGGAGACUGAUCUUUAUCACUGGACAAAGUCAUUACGACCUAUUCAGUGGUUUCCUGGCCAUAUCGCAAAAACUGAGAAAGAACUCAAGGAACAGCUGAAAUUGAUGGACGUUGUUAUAGAGGUUAGAGAUGCAAGAAUUCCAAUGUCAACAAGCCACCCGCAGAUGGAUUCAUGGCUUGGCAACCGAAAGAGGAUCUUAGUUUUAAACAGAGAAGACAUGAUAUCAACGGCAGAUAGAAAUGCUUGGGCAACUUAUUAUGCUAGGCAGGGUAUAAAAGUCAUCUUCUCCAAUGGAAAGCUUGGAAUGGGUACUAUGAAGUUAGUCAGGCUGGCAAAGGAACUAGCCGGAGGUGUCAAUGUGAAACGCAGAGCAAAAGGACUGUUACCUCGAGCUGUUCGAGCUGGAGUAGUUGGAUAUCCAAAUGUUGGUAAAUCUUCCUUGAUAAAUCGCUUGCUAAAGCGUAGAAUGUGUGCUGCGGCUCCAAGACCCGGCGUUACCAGGGAACUAAAAUGGGUCCACUUUGGUACCGAUCUAGAGUUGCUGGAUUCGCCUGGGAUGAUUCCAAUGAGGAUCAAUGAUCAAUCGGCAGCAAUCAAACUUGCCAUAUGUGAUGACAUUGGAGAAAGAUCGUAUGAUACUGCCGACAUUGCAGCCAUUCUUGUGCAGAUGCUCUCAAAGAUUCCAAAUGCAGGUACUAUGCCUCUCCAGGAACGGUACAAGGUUGAAGCCGAUCUAAGCUGUGGUAAAACAUUUAUCUACGAACUUGCUUGUAAUUUAUUCAAUGGCGAUGUACAUCAGGCUGCAUUUCGGAUUCUGUCAGAUUAUCGGAAGGGGAAAUUUGGUUGGUUUGCUUUGGAGAGACCUCCAACGUUGUAAAAAUGAAAGGGGAAACCAUAACCCUCCCAGAUUGAUACACAUGUAUAGGUACAUUUUUGUAAUGAAUAAAAGUAUUUGAAUUGUAUUCUGUAUUAUCUCAAAAUAAUAUGGAAUCUAAGCAUUUAUAUGUAUACUCUUACGUGCCUUUGCCC